GGUGUUGCCAAAUAGAAACAAGUUUCGGGCUCUGUGUAACAUUAUUAAUUUGGCAUGGCUCGACUUAUAUUAGUCAGUUAUUCUCUCUAACUUAACGUUAGACAUCUGAGCUGACAAAACUGUCAACCCUCCCCUUGUCUCCCCGUCUACCUACCUUUAUCUAUUACCUCGCCUCCAUUUCUGAGCAGCAAUAGCAUCCAUUUGCUUGAGAUAUAUACUAUCCUAACAAUAGACUAAUUCAAUGGCCAUCAUAUGGGGUCUCGACCUCCACGAGAUACAAUGGAACAAAUUCAAAGGAGCGAGAAUGUUCAACCGCGCGUACCAUCUGCGUCGCACGAAGAUGAUAGUCUACCAGAUGGCCAUGAUAUUCUGCGUCAUUUCUGAAUCAGUUGGAACGGCCGCUUUAUCAGAUUAUCUCGACCAACAAGAUGCCAUCCAGCAACAGCACCCCGAAGCCAAAGUCCACAACAACGACUUCAUCGGCGCUGCCUCGUAUAACAUCUUCGUCGGAGUCUCCGUUGCAACCAUCUUCGGCGCCGCGUUUUUCUUCGACCUGUUCUGGCCCGAAAGACACGAGAGUAAAUCUGUUCGGUUGGCGUGGAAGAUAUCCGGGGUGCUGGUGUCCGUGAUGAUGCUCGCUUCGGCUCUGACCAUGACUAUCAUCACUGCCACGCAUAGCGCCCGUAUCGCCGGGACCGAUGCCGCAUCCGCUAGGAAAUUCUGGGCGGAACCGGCCAAGAAGCCUGCUCUGCGUAUGUGCCAACCAUACUGCUAAUGUCAUGACGCUGGCUAAACAUCAUGGAGAAUACCGGACAAACCCGAAAGCUAUCACGUCUGUUGUCUUUGCCUGGCCUGGUUGGGUUGCGACUGUUGCAAGUACUGCCAUUCUGUUCAUGUCCCAUAAGCAUGAUGACGAGCUGGGUCCGAGAUCGAACUAUGGACGCGAGACGGAGAGCGUUCCGGCGAUCGAGGAGACAGAGGGGAAAACAACAACUGUAUAGGAUCAUUGUACUUUGGAUGAUGUUAUGACUUGUAUGAUACCAUUAUAGAUUGCCAUUGCUAUUGCUAUUGGAUUAUUACGAGCGGGAACCUCGAGCAUCUUGAUCGUAGUAUUCGGCAAGGACUGGCGAUCAUCCGCUGGAGUGGUAAUAGACUAAUA